AUGCGAGAUACCACUGAAGCCUUCAAAGAUUCCGUCGUAAAUAUCAAUUCCUCCAUCAAGAAUAUUAUACAAACUGACUGGUUUUAUCAGCUCAAAUAUAAUGAAGAGCUUAAGGGUGCUGAAAAUUCUGAAAAUGCAGAGAGUGUCUUAGGAAAAAGACGUGGUACUGUGUCAGAUGGUUAUGAUUUUUUGACUGAAAGUGAUGGCAAUGAGUUCCCUU